AUGAGUUCCGAUGAAGUCGAUUCGGAUUCUGAUGUUGAGAUGAAGAAAGAAGAACAAGAAGAAGAGGAACAAGAUGAUGAUAGUGGCACGAUGGACAUAGAGGAUUUGGACGAACAAAUUGAGGCCGCUAGAAAACAAUUGGCAGCUGACCCGUAUGAUAUUUCAAGUCACGUAAAAUUGUGUGCCCUUUUGCGGAAGAAUGGGGAUUUGGAUGAAUUGACCGAGGCGCGGAAUGCGUGGAACGAUGUCUCUCCAUUGCCAGCAGCUGAGUGGAUUCGAUGGAUUAAGGAUCAACAAUCAAUCGACGAUACCCUUGAAGCGAUGACAGCGAUUUUCGAAAAAUCUUUCCAAGAUUUUCAAUACGCGGACGUUUGGCUUGAAUAUGUUCAAUGGGCGUGCGGUCAUGGGCCUGAUUUUGCAAAGAAAGUAUUCGAGCAAGCUGUUGAAGCUAUUGGUCUUCGAUUUGACAAGGGCGCGUUUAUGUGGGAGGCGUAUUUGGAUUUUUUGACCAUCGUCUUUGAAGCGGCUUCUGAUGAGAAUCGGGAUAAAGAGUUUAAAAUUCUCUGCACUUUGUAUAAGCGAGCCCUUUCGGUGCCAAAUUGGAACGUUUCUCAGCUGCAUGAGCGCUGGAUCGAAUUUGCUGACAAGUACGAUGUUGAUGAAGCAACCAAAAAAGAGGUUGACCAAGAGCACAAAAAAGCGGUUAAAAAGUUGGGAGAAUUUAAAGCCUGGGAGAAAAAGCUAGAGGAAUCAGAGUUUUCCAUUGACGUAUUUUCACAGUAUCUCGAAUUUGAGAAAGAUAAGGGCGACAUUUCUCGCAUCAAGUCAUUCUUUGAACGAAUUGUGGAGAAACAUCCUGAUUGCGAGAAUCUUUGGUACAAUUAUGGACAGUGGGUCGAGGAAACGCUAAAAAGAGCGGCUGAUAUACGAUGGGUCUACGAGAGGGCUGUGCGUAAUUGCUACUAUUCAUGUGGUCUUUGGCAAAAGACUCUUUUGGCGAUUGAGAACGCAAAUGGAGCAACUGAAGAAAUUGACAGAUUAUGGUUGAAGGCCAAAGAGUGCAUAUCUUCGCCUGAUGAUGGUCGAGCCCUUUACACGACUUAUGUGUAUCUACUUCGGCGACGAAGUGAUUGCAAUCAAGACUAUGCACUGGCUGGGGAAAUCUAUGCCGAGGGACAAAAAGUAUUACAAGAAGCUUGGGGUCAUAAUUGGGAUCCUCAGUUCACCUUCAGGAAGAAUUAUGCUUGGUUUGCUUUCACUCGACUGAAGGAUUAUAAAUUGGGCCAUCGUGUUUGGGAAGACAUUCUCGCUUCUGGGGGUGGUCGUUUUGCGGAUAAAUGGUUGGCGGCGAUUCGGGAUGAGAGGCAAUUUGGUAACGAUUUGACCACAGCCAGAAAGAUGUUCUAUCGAGCUCUGAACUCGGUCUCGGAUCACCCACAUCAAAUCUUCGAAGCGAUAAUCCAAUUUGAACGAGAAGAGGGAACUUUGGAACAGUUGCAGGCGGCGCUGGACAAGGUUAAUACUCAAGUUCUGCAAAGAGCAAGUCGACCACAAAAGAAGGAGCGAGAGGAGAACAAAACGCAAAAGCAUAAUUCAAAUCGACCAAAUACUGAUCAACGAAAUAAUCGAAGCGCUGGUCAUAGCGAGAAAAGGAAAAGCUCAUCAGAUUCAAGCCACGAACACUCACCGAGUACCAAGAGACUUCGUGCAGAGCCUCCAAUCGAAACAAAAGCUGUCUUGUCAGUAUCUCCAGUUGUGAAGGACAAUGAUGGUUUUGUGGUUCCCGGCCUACCGAUUAGAACAUCUCCUUCUCCAUCUCCCACUCCACCGGUCCAUUCGGGUGCCGGACCAUCGAGUGAUGGCAAGAAAUGGGUGAUCUUUGUUAGCAAUCUUGAUUUCAAAUGUCCGGAGAGUGCUAUUGAAGAGGCUCUUAACCCAGGUGUGGUAAAGAUUGAUCUACGAUAUCGAGGAAUGAGCAAAUUAAAUAUGGGAUAUGGAUCUGUUGAGAUGGACACAAGAGAACAUUAUGAAGCAGCUCUUAAAAAAGACCGAGUUUUGAUCAAUGGCCGUCCACUCUACGUGAACGAACAUCAUAAGAAAGAUGAUGACGAAAAAUUGACGUCUUCGUCCUUCAAAUACUCGACGAGUCUCGAAAGAAAGAAACUUUUUGUGAAAAAUGUACAUUUCGAUGCCACGGAUGCUCGUUUGAAGGAGGUGUUUUCUCAAUUCGGUAAGGUCGUUGAUGCUCGAAUCGUCGUGCAGAAAAGUGGGAAAGCAAAGGGGAUUGCUUACGUCGAUAUGGAAACCGAAGAAGCUGCGUCAAAAGCAAUUCAAGCAAAGGAGUUGGUUCUCUUAGAUCGUCAAUUGGAGGUUUUCUUGUCCAAUCCACCAAAGAAGUCAUCGAUGUGCAGCGAUAUGACUUCCUUGACAAGAAAAGGGCAUUCAUCGAUGAUUCAACUUGUACCUCGUGCUACACGCGUUGGAAAUGCAAAGGAUGCUAAAAAGCCUGCGCCAACAAACGGAGCCUCAAAACCCAUGAACAACGAUCAAUUCCGUCAACUUUUCAACAAGUGUCCGAUACGCUUAUCGGAUCUCAAGUCCGAUAGGCGCUUAUCGCGUUUUGUUGGGCUUAUGACACCGCCCCUGCCGGAUGCAAUGAUUCCGACAAAAACAACGCCAACAGCUGCCUCCACCACGGAAGCUAUCAAGAAACCUGGGAAUGAUUCUGUGGACAAAGACGAAUCACAUUUAUUGGCUCCAUUCGAGUAUAUUAGGAGAAUGCCGGGCAAACAGGUGCGAAGCCGGUUGGCAAUGGCUUUUAACGAUUGGCUACAUAUUCCUCAAGAUAAACUAAAGAUUAUCAUGGAAGUUGUUGAGAUGCUGCACAAUUCCUCGCUUCUUAUUGAUGAUAUCGAGGACUCCUCUGUGCUAAGAAGAGGUCUUCCAGUGACACAUAGCAUUUAUGGAGUGCCUCGAACAAUCAACUCUGCUAAUUAUAUUUAUUUUGUGGCGUUGCAGAAGUGUAUGACUCUAGGCUUUGACGCAACAGCCGUAUUUACAGAACAACUAUUGGAGCUUCAUCGGGGUCAAGGCAAAGAAAUCUUUUGGAGAGAUACGAUUUGCUGUCCAACAAUCGAACAGUAUGAAGAGAUGGUUUUGCAAAAAACUGGUGGUCUUUUCUUCUUGGCGGUUCGCUUGAUGUUGUUGUUCACGGGAAAUGAACAUAAUGCAAAGGAUUUCACUUCACUUUUCACGAAUAUGGCUUUGUUCUUUCAAAUACGGGACGAUUACAUGAAUCUUUGUUCUCCAGCUAUGCAUGCAGCGAAAACAUUUGCUGAGGAUUUGACUGAGGGAAAGUUCUCAUAUCCAAUAAUUCAAGCCAUUCAUUUCAAGAAGGGUUUGAACGAUGAUGACGAUGAAGUGAUUAACAUUCUUCGUCAGCGUACAAAUGACCCCGAGUUAAAGGCCUAUUGUAUUAAAAUUCUUCAGGAACGAGGUGCUUUAGAGGCCACUUCAGCAAGGCUAUGCGAGCUGGUAAGAUGGAUCAAUGCGGAUUUAAAAAAGCUAGGAGGCAACGAAAAGAUCGGACAAGUGAUGGCCCAACUCGAAAAGGAAAUCUCUCAG